ACCAGAUAAUGGACUCAUCGCUGGACGACAUCACUUACGUAUUGAACCCCACGUUUACCACUCAAGACAUCGCCGCUCUGGACACCGGCGCCCACCGGCCGUCCAUCGCGUUCGACGGGACGGCAUACUUGGCCGGAAUCGUUGGCCUCAAUAACAUUAAGUUCAACGACUACUGCAAUGUUGUGUUGCAGAGUCUGUCACACGUGCCGCCACUCAGGAACUACUUUCUCCGCGAAGACAACUACAGACACCACAUUCGGCGCCGUAAGUCCGGCUCCGACUACUCGGCAUUACUCGUACAGCGUUUCGGACAAUUAUUGCGUAAGUUGUGGAACGGAUCCAACUUUAAGGCUCACGUGUCGCCCCACGAGAUGUUGCAAUCGGUGGUACUGUCGUCGCACAAGAAGUUCCAGAUCACUGAACAGGGAGAUCCGAUAGCGUUCUUGUCGUGGAUUUUAAAUACACUUCAUUUGGCGUUAAAAGAGGGGAAGAGUAAGAAACGAGUGGCCACUGGCGGUGUGGUGGGAAUGGGCGCCACCGAUAAGACUGCGGUCGCGGCCGACAAACAAUCGUCGAUAAUAUACGACACAUUUAGAGGCAAAAUGAAGACAUAUUCGCGUAAAAUGAUUCCAAUGGACAAAACCAUUGAUGAAAGACUACAACUGAUGCUCAGCGAGGAGUAUAAGGAGACGUGCGAAGAGAAUCCCUUCUUAUAUCUAACCCUCGAUCUCCCGCCGCAGCCGUUAUUUCGCGACGAACUCACCGACAAUAUUAUACCACAGGUACCGUUGUUUACAAUUCUGGCCAAAUUCAACGGCCAGACAGAGCGCGAGUACCGGACAUACAAGGACUCGGCGAUGAGACGGUUCGAACUG